AAGCGGGAGAGAAAGCACUGUGGCUCCAAGCUGAAGGGGACCCUCCUGGACGAGAAUGGCUGCUGAGAACUCCUCUUCUGUGACAGAGUUUAUCCUCUCAGGCUUAACCGACCAGCCCGAACUCCAAGUCCCCCUCUUCUUCCUGUUUCUAGGUUUCUAUGUGGUCACCGUGGUGGGGAACCUGGGCUUGAUAACCCUGAUUGGGCUGAACUCUCACCUCCAUAUUCCCAUGUACUUCUUCCUCUUCAACUUGUCCUUCAUAGAUUUUAGUUAUUCCACUACUCUCACCCCUAAAAUGCUGAUGAGUUUUGUUUUAAAGAAGAACAUCAUUUCCUAUGCAGGGUGCAUGACUCAAUUUUUUUUCUUCUGUUUUUUUGUCUUUUCUGAAUCCUAUAUUCUAUCAGCAAUGGCGUAUGACCGCUGUGUCGCCAUCUGUAAACCACUGGUGUACACGGUCACCAUGUCCCCCCAGGUGUGUUUGCUCCUUCUGUCAGGUGUUUAUGGCAUGGGGGUUUUUGGGGCUGUGGCCCAUAUGGGAAACAUAAUGUUUAUGACUUUUUGUGCAGACAACCUUGUCAAUCACUAUAUGUGUGACAUCAUUCCCCUCCUUGAGCUCUCCUGCAACAGCUCUUACAUAAAUUUGCUGGUGGUCUUUAUUGUUGUGACCAUUGGCAUUGGGGUGCCCAUUGUUACCAUUUUCAUCUCAUAUGGUUUCAUUCUUUCCAGCAUUCUCCACAUUAGCUCCAUGGAAGGCAGAUCCAAAGCCUUCAGUACCUGCAGUUCCCAUAUAAUUGUGGUUUCUCUUUUCUUUGGGUCAGGAGCCUUUAUGUACCUCAAACCACCUUCUGUUUUACCCCUUGAUCAGGGAAAAGUGUCCUCAAUUUUCUACACUGCCGUGGUGCCCAUGUUCAACCCCUUAAUCUAUAGUCUGAGAAAUAAGGAUGUCAAAGUUGCCCUGAAGAAAACUUUGAGCAGAAAAAUCUUAUCUUGAAAAUGA